AUGUAUCCGACGAUCAGGAGCCUCACUUUUGUUCGGGCGUCUAUAUUCGAUACUAUGACCAAUCUACGUAUUCUUUUAGGUCCGUCCCCUGUCGUCUUGCGGUUAUCGUCCGUCCUACCUACCUACCUACCUACUGUUCUACCGACUUACCGAGUGAAGAGUGAAUAUUCGUUGUACCUCCUGCACCUCGGCAGGCAGAUCGAACCGACAGCAGUCAUGUCCACCCUGCGGGGAAGUAACUGGACUAGACUGGACUGGACUGGACUUCUCUGCAGCUGUUCUAUACAUUGUGUUAUGGUUGAGGGAGGGAAGACCAUCUUGGAAUGA